AUGACGACUGGAACCCUUAAACCAUUGAAAGAAAAGAAGUCGAGGAAGAGAAAACAAGCAGUUGUUGCUGAUGAAAAAUCUCCUUUAUUGCCCACCAAGCAUGAGGCAGAUGGUGGGUUUGACGAGUUCGAUGGAGCCUCCUUUAGCGGGGCAGUGUUUAAUUUAUCGACCACGAUUGUUGGAGCUGGAAUCAUGGCAUUGCCCGCAACCAUGAAGGUUUUAGGACUUGUCGUUGGGAUUGCCAUGAUCAUCUUUAUGGCAUUCUUGGCAGAGGCUUCCAUUGAGUUGUUGCUUAGGUAUAGUAGGACUGCAAAAUCAGUUUCUUAUGCAGGUCUUAUGGGGGAUGCUUUCGGAAAGUAUGGCAGGAUGUUGAUACAACUCUGUGUAAUAGUCAACAACAUUGGUGUGCUUGUCGUGUACAUGAUUAUUAUAGGUGAUGUGCUUUCUGGAACCACUUCAAGUGGAGUUCAUCAUGCUGGUGUUCUUGAAGCUUGGUUUGGACAGCACUGGUGGAAUGGAAGAUUUUUUGUUCUUCUCUUCACUACCCUGGUAGUAUUUGCGCCAUUGGCCAGCUUAAAGCGAAUUGAUUCAUUGGGAUACACAUCUGCUUUAUCAGUUGCAUUGGCUAUUGUAUUCCUUGUUGUUACCGUUGGAAUUACUGUCUUCAAAUUGAUAAAUGGAACUGUUUUGAUGCCUAGAUUGUUUCCUGAUGUUACGGAUCUGACAUCAUUCCUCAACCUCUUUACCGUAGUUCCGGUUCUUGUGACUGCAUACAUCUGUCACUUCAACGUUCACUCAAUAGACAAUGAACUUGAAGACAAUACACAGAUAAAGAGAGUUGUGCGAACAGCCCUUUCUCUCUGCUCAAGUGUGUAUGUAUUGACUAGUAUCUUUGGGUUCCUCUUAUUUGGCGAUGCUACACUUGAUGAUGUACUUGCCAACUUCGACACGGAUCUUGGAAUUCCGUAUAGCUCCCUGCUUAAUGACAUUGUUCGCGUUAGUUAUACUGCGCACUUGAUGCUUGUCUUUCCUAUCGUUUUCUAUCCGCUGCGGAUAAACUUGGAUGGCCUCCUCUUUCCAUCUGCAAGGCCUUUGAAUUCAGACAACUUGAGGUUUGCAUCGCUCAGCACUGGGCUCAUUGCAGUGGUUUUUCUGGGGGCAAAUUUCAUCCCCAGCAUAUGGGAUGCUUUCCAGUUUACUGGAGCAACGGCUGCAGUUUGCAUCGGUUUCAUCUUUCCUGCUGCAAUUGCUCUCAGGGAUCGAUAUGGCAUAGCAACGAAGAGAGACAAGAUCUUAUGCAUAUUCAUGAUUGUCCUUGCUGUGUUCUCAAAUGCGGUGGCGAUAUAUAGUGAUACAUAUGCCUUGUUCAAGAAGAAUCCAACUCAGAGAGAGUGA